AUGGUAGAACAAUCAACAUCCACCUUAGAAUCAUACUAUGAAGAUCAAGUUAGUAAUCUUCAAAUGGCAAAAUCCAGUGGUAUACAAAAAGAAGUAAUUGAAAAAAUGUUUAAUUUGAAAGAAUUUCAAAGUAUAAUGAAAUCUCACUACGAAUUAGUUGAACAAAAAAAGAAAUUAGAAAAAUGA